AUGAAGAAAUGGGAACUUCAACAAAAACAAAAAAUCCACAACUCAAAAAUCAAAAAUGCGAAACCCACAAUAAAAACCCCAAGCACAGUCACUGUCGAAAUUGAUUCUAAAAUUUCAAGUGAAAGUGACUAUGCUAAUGCCGGUUUAUACAGCAUUUUAAAAUCAUUCAAUCUCCAGCAAUACACAAAGCGGCUUUCUGAAAUUGGUUUUGAGAAUGACCUGAAGCGCCUUGCAUAUCUCACUACUAAAGAGAUAGAUGAGAUAGCAAAUAUCAUCAAAAUGAUGCCAGGCCACAAAUUGAAAUUUAUUGCUAUGAUUGAGACAUUAAAAUUUCCUAAAUCAGAAGCAAGCCUUGCAAGAAGCAACAGCAACUUAUCAAAGCCAAGAAAAAGCUUGCCAGGGAUGAAAAGAAAAACAUCUGCAGGGGCAGUUUCUAAAGGGUCAAGAAAUAGCAUAAGACAUGAAUCUGAACAAUUUGAAUACCCGUAUUCAGCUCAAUAUGAGACUGCAGACAGCACUAUUGUGAAUGAGUUAGAAGAACAAAAGCUUAAAGAAGAGCUUCAAAAAGCUAAAGAAAAAAUAGAAGAACUCACAAGAGCUUUGUCAUUACAACAGCAGCAGCAAAAUUCGUUAGAAAUGAUGAGGGAAGAUUCAACAAAGUGCACUGAAGUAGAGUCACCAAAGCCGUCGAUGAGAAUUGACCCGCUAGAGCCUUUACCUGAAAUUCAACCGAAAAAUGAAGUUGGGGUUUCGCUUGAUUCAUCAAAAAUGAGGUCAACUCUUCAUCAUAUUGAUAUUGAAGAAAUGUGCAAAAGCUUGGCAAAGGCUAUAAGAGUGCUUAUUUUCCAUGGGAUGAGUGUUGAAAAAAAUAGAGAAAUUGAGCCGAGCUUAAGAGAGUCAUUGUCAUAUAUGCCUGAUUUUAAUGACGAAACUCCAAGAAGAGACAUUAUGAAGCCUAGAUAUUCUUUUGUGUCAGAUAAUAUUCCAGGUUCCGCAAGUGGGACUUCAUUAGACUACUCCCAAGACUCUUGCAUACAUCUAAAUCCUAUAGAGCUUGAUGAAAUUUCUGAAAGAAGUCAAGAAUAUUCCCCACAGAAAAAAAUGAGAAAAGAAGCUGGAGAUAUAAAUGUCCCUCAAACAAUCAAUGAUAUGUUUAAAACUGAAUUUGACGACAUAACAGCAACUCAGGCUCCUUGUGAAGAGGAAAUUUAUAAUUUCAGCAAAAAUAUGAUAAUAAGAUGCAGGAUGGAAAAAGAGUGCAGUAUAAUCUGUUUAAUUUAUCUAGAAAGGCUGAUUGAGAAAACAGGUCUGUACAUCACUGAAAAAAACUGAAAAAGGUUAGUAAUUUUAUGCUUGAUUUUAGCAAGUAAAGUAUGGGAUGACGAAUCAUAUGAAAAUAAGCACUUUUCUCAAGCAUUUACUGUAGUUACUUUGAGAGAGCUAAAUAGCAUGGAAAUGAUAUUUUUAGGGCUAAUUGACUAUGAUGUUGGGAUAAAAAAUAGCGAUUAUGCCAAGUAUUAUUUUAUUUUAAGGACUUAUUGUGAAAAAAGCAAUAGGAGUUUUCCAUUAAAACCCAUGGAUGUAGAUACAGUCAUGAAGCUGCAAAAAAACGCAGAUAAAGUAGAAAACGAGCUGAGAGAAAUCCAUAAUCAAGCCCUCUAUCAAACCUUAUAGCUACUAGAAUAAAUAAUAUGGUGGUGGCAAUGAAAUAUGGACAGAAAAAUUGUGUUUAUAGCCUAAACCAAGGUUCAGGACUUUUAAUUCUAACUUUUAGUGUUAGUAAUCGUUGCCGAAUGGAUGGGAAGACCUUGGGAAUCAGCUGGUGACCAUUCCAGUCUAGGUAUUAGUUAUCCCGGAUAGAUGGGUAUUUUCCUUAAGGGAGUGCCUCUUUUCACUGAUCCUCAAGGGUGACGACAAGAGGCAUCGGUCUGACCUUUACCUCAAUAGCACCCGCAAGACGUGAAGCAUCAAGACUAAGGGAUCACGGUGCAAGCCACAAGGUCCCAGGAGUAGACCGCAGCUGAGACAGCGUCCAAGCGACUGAAUUCCUGAAGCAAGCGGUACCGGUGGUCACAAGCGUGCGGAGACAUCGAAUCUAUAAGACUUUAAGCCCUUUAAUCUUAUUUUUAUAG